GUGGUACUGGACCCGGCGUGGCUCGGGGCUGUCCGGAUGGACUCCACUGCCUGCUUGAAGUCCUUGCUCUUGACCAUCAGCCAAUACAAAGCCGUUAAGUCGGAGGCUAACGCCACUCAGCUUUUGCGACACUUAGAGGUAAUUUCUGGACAGAAGCUCACACGGUUGUUUACAUCAAAUCAGAUAUUACCAAGUGAAUGCUUAAGUUCCCUUGUAGAGCUACUUGAAGAUCCGAACAUAAGUGCUUCACUAAUUUUAAGUGUUAUCAGUUUGCUGUCUCAAUUAGCUUUAGACAAUGAAACCAAAGAUUGUCUUCAGAACACUUAUAAUCUGAAUAGUGCGUUAGCAGGAGUGGUUUGUCGGAGCAGUGCUUGCCACAACGAUUCUGUGUUUUUACAGUGUAUCCAGCUUCUGCAGAGGUUGACAUACAAUGUCAAAAUUUUCCAUUCUGGUGCCAAUAUAGAUGAAUUAAUUACAUUUCUGAUAGAGCAUAUUCAGUCUUCUGAAGAUGAAUUAACUAUGCCUUGUCUGGGAUUAUUGGCAAAUCUGUGUCGGCACAAUCUUUCUGUUCAAACCCAUAUCAAGACUUUGAAUAAGGUGAAAUCCUUUUAUCGAACUCUUAUAACAUACUUGGCCCAUAGUAGUUUAACCGUGGUUGUGUUUGCACUUUCGAUACUAUCCAGUUUGACAUUAAAUGAAGAGGUUGGGGAAAAGCUAUUCCAUGCCCGAAACAUUCACCAGACUUUUCAAUUGAUAUUUAAUAUUCUUGUAAAUGGUGAUGGUACACUAACUAGAAUGUAUUCAGUGGACCUGCUAAUGGAUCUCCUUAAAAAUCCUAAAAUUGCUGAUUAUCUUACCAGGUAUGAACACUUUUCCUCAUGUCUUAGUCAAGUAUUAGGUCUUCUUAAUAGGAAGGAUUCUGAUUCUUCUAUAAAGGUUUUAGAAUUACUUCUUGCCUUCUGUUCAGUAACUCGGCUGCGCCACGUGCUCACUGAGAUGAUAUUUGAACAGCCACCCAGCAACACGGUGCUUGGAAACCGUUCUAAAUGUGUAGAGCCCACUGUGGCUAUACUUCGUUGGUCCAGCCAGCCCUUGGACACACCAGACAACUGCUCUAUUUUGGCAUUGCAGUUGUUCAAGGAAAUAUUUGAGGAUGUGAUAGACACUGCUAACUGUUCCUCAGCUGAUCGUUUUGUGACUCUUCUGCUACCUUCAAUCCUUGAUCAGCUUCAGUUUACAGAACAAAAUCUAGAUGAGAUCUUAAUAAGGAAAAAAUGUGAAAGGAUGGCCAGAGCUAUUGACGUUUUAUUAACUCUCUGUGGAGAUGAUACUCUCAAAAUGCAUGUUGCAAAAAUCCUGACGACUAUUAAAUGUACCACCCUGAUAGAACAACAGUUUACAUAUGGCAAGAUUGACCUGGGGUUUGGAACAAAGGUAGCAGAUUCUGAAUUGUGCAAACUUGCUGCUGAUGUAAUUUUGAAAACUCUUGAUUUGAUGAACAAACUUAAACAGCUGGUUCCUGGUAUGGAGGUUAGCUUCUACAAAAUCCUUCAGGAUUCACGUGUGAUUACUCCUUUGGCUUUUGCUUUAACUUCAGAUAACAGAGAACAAGUACAGAUUGGACUGGGAUUAUUAUUGGAAGCUGCACCACUCCCAGAUUUCCCUGCUUUAGUACUUGGAGAAAGCAUAGCAGCAAACAAUGCCUAUAGACAACAAGAAGCAGAACAUAUGCCCAGAAGGAUUUCUUUGCAAUCAGUAAAUCACGGUUUCCCAACAUCAGUGAAGAGUUUAACCCCUCCACUUUUAAAAGAUAAUCUUCCUGCUUUGAACAUUGAGGAAUUAAUAGAGAAACUUCAAUCUGGAGUGGUGGUAAAGGAUCAGAUUAAUGAUGUGAGAAUAUCUGACAUAAUGGAUGUGUAUGAGAUGAAAUUAUCCACUUUAGCUUCCAAAGAAAGCAGGCUCCAGGAUCUCUUGGAAGCAAAAGCUCUUGCUCUUGCACAGGCCGACAGACUAAUUGCUCAGUAUCGCUGUCAGAGAACUCAAGCUGAGAGUGAGGCACGCACACUUGCUAAUAUGCUGAGAGAAGUUGAGAAAAAAAAUGAAGAGCUUAGUGUGUUGCUGAAAUCACAGCAAGUUGAAUCAGAAAGAGCCCAGAGUGAUAUUGAGCAUCUUUUUCAACAUAAUAGGAAAUUAGAGUCUGUGGCUGAAGAACAUGAAGUACUGACCAAGUCCUACAUGGAACUUCUUCAGAGGAAUGAAACUACAGAGAAGAAAAAUAAAGAUUUACAGAUCACAUGUGAAUCUCUGAACAAACAAAUUGAUGCAGUGAAAAAGUUGAAUGAAUCACUCAAACAACAAAAUGAAAAAACUGUUGCUCAAUUAAUUGAGAAAGAAGAAGAAAGAAAAGAAGUACAGAACCUGCUAGUGGACAGGGAAUGUAAACUAGCAAACUUGCAGCAAAAGGCAAUGGUGCAAGAGGAAAAGAUUAAAACAUUACUAAAAGAAAAAGAAGAUAAAGAAGAAAGCAUUGACAUGCUUAGAAAAGAAUUAAGCAAAACAGAACAAGUAAGGAAAGAGUUAAGCAUUAAGGCUUCUUCCCUGGAAGUUCAGAAGGCCCAAUUAACAGGUCGUUUGGAAGAGAAAGAAUCGCUGGUGAAACUUCAGCAGGAGGAAUUGAAUAAACAUGCUCACAUGAUAGCUAUGAUCCACAGUUUAAGUGGUGGAAAAAUAAGUCCAGAAACUGUGAAUCUCAGUCUGUAAACAGUGUGACAUUUUGGAAUUUGUAAUCUAAUGAUAUUUUUCAUGUAUUUACUAUGGAAUGAGUGAGUUAAUGUGUGACUACAGAACACAGAAAAUUAUUACCUGGUGAUUAAUUUAGUAAAGAUCCUGAUCUG